GAUCUCAAAUCAAGCCUUAACUUUACAGAUCUCCGGCUUAUUUGCUUGCAUUAGAGGUCUAUACAUUCAAUACAUCAUUUUUUUUUUUAAAUAGUCGGCCUCAUAUGGGCAUUUAAACAGCAGGGCUGACAUUUCUUCCGCUUUCCGGACAGCUGAUCGACUUUGCAACUCUGGAUCAGGAAAAAUGCAAAGAGGCUUGUCGGUUUCUGACAGUGAUGUCUUCUUGUUCACACCUCUGGUGGUCCUGGAACUGGCUCAUGACACUAAAGCAGAGGCCAUCACGUGGUUACUAAACAGGAUCAGAGAAAAACAGGAGAAUGGAGGAGCUGAGUUGUUGGUUGAGCAGCUCUUGUUUCCAGCUCAGGACGGUCAGAAGCCUAAUCCAAAUGUCUUUGUGGUGGGUUCCACAUUACAAAGGCUUUUAAAUGGUUCUGAAGAGGUAGGGAUGUUUAAGGAGUUUCAAGAUGGCACAAUGCGAGGAUUCACAUAUGCCAACAGAGAAAGCUUCAAAGACUUUGAAGGAGAUGGUGAUGGAUUUCUCAGUGUUGCGGAGUGUCAAUACAUUAUCAAACAUGAGCUGGACACACUUAGGGCUAAGAGUGAAGAACAUGUUCCAGGAUACCCUAAACUAAAGCUGUACCCUGGAAAAUCAGUUGUGCGGAGAUUGCAGUCCAAAGGUGUCUUAGUCCAGUAUUUCCCUCUCCAUGACAAAGAAGAGCUUAAGAGACUUUCUUUCUCUUGGUACAAAAAGAUCAAACUGUCCCUCCAACCACUGGAUGACAUCAGACAUUACUUUGGUGAGGGUCUGGCACUCUACUUUGGGUUUCUGGAGUAUUUCACGUUUGCCUUGGUACCCAUGGCCCUUAUUGGUAUCCCCUACUACCUCUUUGACUGGGAGGACUAUGAUAAGUAUGUACUGUUUGCUGUCUUCAACCUGGUAUGGUCUACGGUUUUCCUGGAAGUGUGGAAAAGAUGCAGCGCUACAUUAGCUUACAGUUGGGGGACGCUGAGCCGCAAGAAAGCGUUUGAAGAACCGAGGCCUGGAUUCCAUGGAGCUCUGGGGUUAAAUCCAGUCACGGGCCGAGAGGAACCAGUCUACCCCAGCUCCAGGCGUCAGUUGAGGAUAUAUUUGACGUCGGUUCCUUUCGUACUGCUGUGCCUGUAUUUGUCCUUUUACGUGAUGAUGGUCUACUUUGACAUGGAGAACUGGGCCAUAAGUAUAUACAAUGAAAACCCAAACUUCUCAACCAGCAUUCUGCUGUUUGUUCCCAGUAUCAUCUACGCUAUUGUCAUCGAGAUCAUGAACCUAUUGUAUCGCUAUGCAGCGGAGUUUCUCACAAACUGGGAAAACCACAGACUUGAGUCAUCAUUUCAAAAUCACCUCGUGCUCAAGGUUUUGGUGUUUAACUUCGUAAACUGCUUUGCCUCUCUUUUCUAUAUUGCUUUCGUCAUGCAAGACAUGGUGCUUUUGAGACAGAGUUUGGCCACCCUGCUCAUCACCUCUCAAAUCCUGAACCAAGUAAUGGAGGCCUUCCUGCCAUACUGGCUGCAGAGGAGGAGGAACAAGAAGGUUCAUAAGAGGAUGAGGAGGCUGAUGGGUGAUAAAGAGCUCCCCCUCCUGGAACAAGUUCAGCUGGAGACUGACAUGAACACAUAUCUGGGAACAUUUGAUGAUUACCUCGAGCAGUUCCUGCUGUUCGGCUAUGUGAGUCUGUUCUCCUGUGUGUACCCCCUGGCUGCUGUGCUGGUGGUGCUGAAUAACAUUACUGAGGUUUACUCUGACGCCUUCAAGAUGUGCCACGUCUUCAAGCGUCCCUUCACUGAACCAGCCUCAGACAUCGGAGUGUGGCAGCUGGCGUUUGAGACAAUGAGCAUUAUUGCUGUGGUGACCAACUGUGCCUUAAUUGGUUUGUCCCCACAAGUCAAAGCAUACUUCCCUGAAUCAGAGACUCAGCUGAUCCUCAUUGUGGUGGCUAUAGAGCAUGUUCUCCUGGCCCUCAAAUUCAUCCUGGCAUUCGUCAUUCCAGAUGUUCCAAAACAGAUCCAAAUCAAACUAGCCAAGCUGGAGUUUCAGUCCUUAGAAGCACUUAAGAAAAGGAGCCGAGCCCUCAGUCGAAAAUGCUGGAAGUCACGGAGACCUGAAAUACUAAUAAGUGGCAUGUGACAACAACAACAGAGGUGAAAAACAUGAAAGUACAAUAAUCAAGGUGUGCACAUACUGUACAAUAUGAAGUAUUACUGGCCUUAAAUAUGCACUCCUUGCCAUGUCUCUCUCCAAAAAACAUAAACUUCUGAAUACGACACGUUUUUUUUAUUAUUUUUAUUAUCUUGGUAUUGCAUGCGAGGCAUGCUCAUAUUAUUUCAUGAUACUGUAUGAUGAGAGAUGGGUGGGAAUGGGAAUCCAAUCGGUGCAAUGUUUGAGCUCAAGUGACUAGACUGUUUUUUGUUUUGCUAAAUAUAUUGCAUUAUCGCUGUCUGAAGCCAUCUAAAAUAUAUUUGUCUGUAAAGAAUAUGGUUAAAAGAAAUUAUUUAUCAAACUUUGGGACUGAAAAUACAAAACAGAAAGAUAAGUUGUAUUCUUUUUUGACAAAUUGUUCACUUACAGUUCUACCUAAGAUUUAGCCAUGCCUUUUAAAAUCACAGUAUUACAUUAACCUGUUAAGGCUUUUGUUUACUGAUGUCAUGUUCACCCAAUGCUGUACUUGAAAAUAAGCAUAUUCAAUAUUCUCUGCCUGAUA